CCUUCACCUACAUUCAUACUUCAUAGAAUUAUUACUCAAUGGCUGGAGGGAUUGAAAUUGCCAAAAAGGCAAUUAGAAACCUAAAAAAUUACGAUGAACAUGAAAACCGUUUUGGUACCGUUUUUAGUGUUUCAGGACCAGUCGUCGUUGCCUCCAACAUGCUUGGAUGCUCCAUGUACGAGCUUGUCCGCGUAGGUCAUGAUGAAUUGGUUGGUGAAGUCAUUCGAAUUCAUCAAGACAAAUGUACAAUUCAAGUCUACGAAGAAACAUCGGGCCUUACCGUCGGUGAUCCCGUCCAACGUACUGGAAAGCCUUUGUCUGUCGAGUUAGGCCCUGGUCUGGCUGAAACCAUUUAUGACGGUAUUCAACGUCCGUUGAAACAAAUCCACGACAAAGCCCAAAGUAUUUACAUUCCUAGAGGUAUUAGUACAGAAGCUUUAGACCGUACUCGAAAAUGGGAUUUCACACCUAAUAAAAAAUUACGCGUCGGAGAUCACGUUUCUGGCGGCGAUGUGUUUGGUUCUGUAUUCGAAAACUCUCUCUUUAAUGACCAUAAAAUUAUGCUUCCACCUAGAGCUCGUGGUACCGUAACUUAUCUCGCCGAAGCUGGCUCGUACACGGUUGACGAAAAGCUUUUGGAGGUAGAAUUUCACGGCAAAAAACAAUCUUUUGGUAUGUUACAAACUUGGCCCGUACGUGCUCCGCGUCCUGUUGCUGAUAACCUUACCGCCAACCAACCAUUGCUUACUGGCCAACGUGUCCUCGAUUCCUUGUUCCCUUGUGUUCAGGGUGGUACCACUGCUAUUCCUGGUGCUUUCGGUUGUGGUAAAACUGUAAUUUCACAGUCUCUCUCCAAAUAUUCCAACUCAGACAUGAUCGUUUACAUUGGUUGUGGUGAACGUGGUAAUGAAAUGGCCGAAGUCUUGAUGGACUUUCCUGCAUUAACCAUCGAUGUCAACGGAACCCCCGAGCCUAUCAUGAAGCGAACUACUCUUGUUGCAAAUACUUCAAACAUGCCUGUUGCUGCUCGUGAGGCUUCUAUCUAUACUGGUAUUACUUUGGCCGAGUAUUAUCGUGAUCAAGGUAAGAAUGUUUCCAUGAUGGCUGAUUCUACUUCUCGCUGGGCUGAAGCUCUUCGUGAAAUUUCUGGUCGUCUUGCUGAAAUGCCUGCCGAUUCCGGUUAUCCUGCUUAUCUCGGUGCUAAGCUAGCUUCUUUCUAUGAACGAGCUGGUAGUGUCCGUUGCUUGGGUAGUCCUGAACGUGAAGGUACUGUUUCCAUCGUUGGCGCUGUUUCCCCACCUGGUGGUGACUUUUCUGAUCCAGUCACUAGUGCUACUUUGGGUAUUGUCCAAGUCUUUUGGGGUCUGGACAAGAAAUUGGCUCAGCGCAAACACUUUCCCUCAAUUAACACCUCUCUUUCUUAUUCCAAAUAUGUUAAUGCUUUGACUCCCUGGUAUGAAGACCGCGUUUCUGGUUUCAACGCAUUACGUGAUCAAAUCAAGCAAAUCAUUCAACAAGAGGAUUCGAUGCUUGAAAUUAUCCAGUUGGUUGGUAAGUCUGCACUUUCGGAAAGUGACAAGGUUACUUUAGACAUGGCCGGUCUUAUCAAGAACGAUUUCUUACAACAAAACGGUUAUUCCAACUAUGAUCGCAGCUGCCCUCUUUAUAAAACUUACCACAUGAUGAGAAACAUGAUUUCAUACUACGGGAAAGCGAUAGGUACCGUCGAACAAGGCAAUGUUCAAUGGUCGAAAGUCCGUGAAAGCACCUCAGAUAUUUUCUUUGAACUUUCGUCUAUGAAAUUUGAAAAUCCUGAUGAUGGCGAAAAAGAACUCGUUGAGCGUUAUGAGCAACUUUACAAGAAGAUUGACGACAAAUUUCAAGCCCUUGCUGAAUAAUACUUUAAUUUUUGCAGCUAAACAUUAGAGUGUGAUACUCAAUUAAUUUACAAUUUAGUCUUCCAUUUUACUUUUAUCAAUCUUACAAGUAUCUAAGUUUUUUUUUCCCUUUAUUAAAAAAUAUGCCUACAACUUCCAUAGAGGUCCGAUGAAUGAAUGCAAUUAAUUUUUUAUAUAUUUUGACUAACUAGGCACACAGUCUUACCAAAAAAAUCAAACUUAAUCAAAUUUAUCUAUAUAUAUAUAUAUAUAAAC